AAUUUCCUUCCACAAAUCGAAUCCUGGAAAGCCUCUCCAGAGCUCAUUCUUCGUGUGUUCAAUAAAACAUUUCUCUCUAGAUUCCAGCAGUGUAAAAUAAGCAUAAGGAUUAAGGUCUAAGGGGUGAAGGGUGGAGCCAUGGGAGGAACGGAGACGAGGUUCUUGCAGGAAUUGGUCUUGUACGCAGCGAGCGCUGCUCUGAGCUGCCUGGUGUUAUUCGCCGGACUUCGACAUAUGGACCCAAAUCGCGCAGCCAGCAAAAAGGCUCUUGAACAGAAGAAAGAAAUUGCCAAGCGAUUAGGUCGCCCUCUUAUCCAAACCAAUCCUUACGAGGAUGUAAUAGCUUGUGAUGUCAUAAAUCCUGACCAUAUUGAUGUGGAGUUUGACUCUAUUGGAGGCUUGGAAAAUGUCAAGCAAGCAUUAUUUGAAUUGGUUAUUCUUCCAUUACGGAGACCUGAGUUGUUUGCACAUGGCAAGCUUCUAAGUCCACAGAAAGGGGUAUUGUUAUAUGGACCUCCAGGAACUGGGAAGACAAUGCUUGCCAAGGCCAUAGCAAAGGAGUCUGGAGCUGUAUUUAUUAAUGUGAGGAUAUCUAAUUUAAUGAGCAAAUGGUUUGGUGAUGCGCAAAAACUUGUGGCUGCUGUGUUUAGUUUGGCCUAUAAGCUCCAGCCUGCUAUCAUAUUCAUUGAUGAGGUCGACAGUUUUUUGGGGCAGCGGCGUAAUACAGAUCAUGAAGCAUUGACAAACAUGAAAACCGAGUUCAUGGCUUUGUGGGAUGGUUUUACCACAGAUCAGAAUGCUCGGGUGAUGGUCCUGGCUGCAACCAACCGUCCAUCGGAACUUGAUGAGGCAAUACUUCGCCGUCUUCCACAAGCCUUUGAGAUAGGAAUACCUGACUGCAGUGAGAGAGCGAAGAUACUGAAGGUAAUUUUGAAGGGAGAAAAGGUAGAAGAUGACAUUGAUUUUGACCACAUAGCUAGGUUGUGCGAGGGAUACACUGGCUCUGAUCUCCUUGAACUUUGCAAGCAAGCAGCUUACUUCCCUGUUAGGGACCUACUACGUGCCGAAAAGGAAGGCAGGUCCUCUCAUACUCCAAGGCCAUUGUCACAAUCCGAUCUGGGGGAAGUUCUUGCUACAACUAGAAAGACGAGGGUUGCUGCAAGUGAAUACAGUAGGUUAAGUUCACAAUUGCCGUCAUGGUCAAGACACAGGGAGCAGGAUGAUUACCAGGUCCAGAUUGCAAUCAGCGAACUCUCUAAGCUUGUGAUGUCACAAGUUAUCAACCUUCAGUCAGAUGCAAGAGAUCCUUAAUAAUAUGUUUUCACAUUUGCGACGUGAAUGUAGUUUGUGAUGUAAUGGCCAAAUGUUUUUCAAGAUCUUAACACGUGGAUAUUUUACUCAGGAAUUGUAAUUUACCUUUGAGGCAGACUGCUUGCA